AUGAGGGUCGUUAACCUUGGCCCAGACCCGUCUCUGGCAUAUCAACCCAACCUGGAGACUGACUCUAAAGACCAGGCUGAGUACAGGAACUUUGAGAGCGGGAGUCUGAUCGAUCGUGUGUUCAACACGUACAAGCUGAAGCACACCAACCAGACCCUGGACUUUGUCAAACAAAAGCACUCUGAUUGGUCCAACUGGAGAUGCCAGAUGGGGGUGAUGGAGGCAAUCAUGUCUCUGAACCAGCUGGUGGAUAAAUCUGAUCCUGAUGUGGACUUUACCAACUUUUACCAACUUUUUUUUGUAUUGCAGUGGGCUGUAGUCGGGGAAACAUUCCCAGUGGGCUGCAGGUUCCAAAACAACAUUGUCUUCAGAGACAAAACGUUCCUGGACAACCCAGAGGAGGAAAACCCUGCCUACAAUACUGAGUGUGGGAUCUACAAUUCAAACUGUGGGCUGGACAAUGUGCUGAUGUCCUGGGGCCAUGACGAGUAUCACUACAGAGUCAUCAAGUUCAAAUGUACCAUUUCAGAGGACGGUCUCUAUAUGAUCCGCUUCCAUUCCUUCUACCCCUGGCAUUCCCAUGGCGACUACAUGCACCUGUGCAAUGACAAAGACCUACGCAUGCUGCCCUGGGUCAGAGAGUUCAAUAAGUUUGACCUCUACACUAAAAGCACAGAUCUGCCUGAUGUUGAAAACCUCAAGCCUUACUACCAGUCUCUCAUCAACAAGUACUGCCCUGGUGUUCUGUGGUGGUAACUGAAACACGCUCAAGCACCUUCCCUGUGUGAA